GCAAACCUUGUCCGAGAAAGUUGUCAGUGUCGGAGUCGGAGUGAUUCGCGUCUCGUUUCGUUGGCGAAUCAUCCAAAUUAAUGUGCUUCCACUCGAAUGUAAAUGCAAAUCGGCGAAAACAGUUCAAUUUGACGAGUGCCAUGCCAAAUCAAAGCAAACAAAGCACCAAACAUCUCAUGACAGCCACCUCAAAUACCCAAAACACGAGAGAUCAGCAACACUAAAAAACCAAAUAACAAAUCACAAAUCACACUACACCAGCUCAAACCGAAACCAAAACCCAUCAAGAAAACGAGGAAUACAAUUCCACAGAAACCAUCAAAGCUAUAGGAAUCCCCACACCCCAACCACCCCACCGCGAAGGGAGUGCGAUAGAAUGGUGUUCGCGUCCGUUGUGGUGUGCCAAGUGGAGAGAUUGCUAUGCAUGCCGAUCAGCUUUGCCGUGUUCGCCUUCCUCUUUAUGGCCUGCGCCAUGGAGGUGGUGCUGCUGAAGAUGACCACCAGUGAUCCGGUGUUUGGGCGGCCGCCCGACGACGGGGACGAGGCUGGUGACGACGAGGCCGAGGAGCAGAUCUACUACGAGAAUCUCGGGAAUAACUACGAGCACUGGGCACGCCGGCGGAUGCGCUUCCAUCAGCGGCAACAGCAGCAGCAACAGCAGCAGCAGCAGCAACAACAACAGCAGCAGCAACAGCUGAUUAUGUAGAUGCAGCAUUUGGAAUCGGUUGGGUAUCGGUUAUGACUGGUUUUCUUUUAUUUUCGAAAUUAUAUAGUAUAGUAUGUGGAUGGAUAGUGACGAGUGGAGAGAGCGUGUAAUGUUUUUGUUUAUUUUUUUAUAAUUUCGUUUGUAAGCGAUUGCAAAACAAGACAUUUGAAUAAGUUAAGCAAAUUGUUUGUGAUUGAUUGUCAAUUUUGAGCACGUUGUGGCCACAACUACCACAACAAAACAAAACAAAACAAAACACGACUCAUGCAUGGAUUCGAUAUUCGUAUCGAGUGUACACUCAGUCAGAGGAAAUCCCUUCUUUAAUUGGAUACCUGCACAUCUGUCCCUGUGAGAACUGAAUGCAUACAUACAUAUAUCUAGAUACAUAUACAUAUAAUCGUAAGUAGAUACAGGAUGCCUGUAUGUCCUGCGAGAGUAGUUUGUAAGCCGUGUGAUAUGUUUAGUUAUUUGAUACCUAGAUCCUAAGUGACGCGAAUAAAUCUGGCUAUAAA